GCCUUUCCUUUCAUUUCAUAAAGAAUCUGAAGUUGAUGUGCGCAUUUUGUUUAUUUCGCCGCCAUUUGCUCAAGACGCCGGUCUACCGGACGCUUGUUAUUGAAUCGGCGAAAUUUAUUUACAUUUAAUCCAUCGAAUCCUCCUUGAAUACGAUGGAUGCAGAUUUCUACUGCAAGCUGUGAUUUGAUUUUUAAGUAAUCAAGGAAACACAAUAUUUAUCAAUAAAGUUCAAGAUAUACCUUUAAGAUGCAUCUGUACAAUUUAACUUUACAACGAGCCACUGGCAUUACUCAUGCUGUUCAUGGCAACUUUAGUGGCAGCAAAGUUCAAGAAAUUGUUGUUUCUCGUGGAAAAUCCCUAGAGUUGUUGAGGCCUGAUCCAAACACUGGCAAAGUACACACUCUUUUGACAGUAGAAGUUUUCGGUGUUAUUAGGUCACUUAUGUCAUUUAGAUUGACUGGUGGCUCAAAAGACUAUAUUGUGGUGGGUUCUGAUUCGGGAAGAAUUGUUAUCUUAGAAUAUCUCCCUCAAAAAAAUGUGUUUGACAAGGCCCAUCAAGAAACUUUUGGUAAAAGUGGAUGUAGGCGGAUUGUUCCUGGACAAUACUUGGCAAUUGAUCCGAAAGGACGAGCUGUCAUGAUAGGUGCUGUUGAAAAGCAGAAAUUGGUUUACAUUCUUAACAGAGAUGCUGAGGCUCGACUCACUAUCUCUUCUCCUCUUGAAGCUCACAAAAGUAACACAUUAGUCUAUCACAUGGUUGGAGUUGAUGUAGGUUUUGAAAAUCCAAUGUUUGCCUGUCUGGAAAUUGAUUAUGAGGAAGCUGACUCAGAUCCAACUGGGGAAGCAGCAAAUAAAACACAGCAAACACUCACAUUCUAUGAACUUGAUUUAGGACUGAAUCACGUUGUCAGAAAAUAUAGUGAACCUCUAGAAGAGCAUGCCAACUUUCUGAUAUCUGUUCCUGGAGGCAAUGACGGCCCUAGUGGUGUUCUCAUUUGUUCUGAGAACUACUUAACUUACAAGAAUUUGGGUGACCAGCAUGACAUCCGAUGCCCUAUUCCUCGCCGUCGGAAUGAUUUAGAUGACCCGGAGAGAGGCAUGAUCUUUGUGUGUUCUGCAACACAUAAGACAAAGUCUAUGUUCUUCUUUCUUGCUCAAACUGAGCAAGGUGAUAUAUUCAAAAUUACCUUAGAAACAGAUGAGGAUGUUGUCACUGAAAUCAAACUGAAAUAUUUUGACACUGUGCCUGUUGCUUCUGCAAUGUGUGUCAUGAAAACCGGUUUUCUUUUCGUUGCUUCUGAGUUCGGAAAUCACUAUUUGUACCAAAUUGCACAUCUCGGAGAUGAUGAUGAUGAACCAGAGUUUAGCUCUGCUAUGCCUCUGGAAGAAGGAGACACCUUUUUCUUUGCUCCUCGCGCCCUUCGUAAUUUGGUUAUGGUUGAUGAGUUGGACUCAUUAUCCCCAAUUCUAGCUUGCCAAGUUGCUGAUUUAGCUAAUGAGGAUACCCCUCAGUUGUACAUGUUGUGUGGCAGAGGUCCACGCUCUACCCUGAGAGUUUUACGGCAUGGUCUGGAAGUUUCUGAAAUGGCCAAGUCUGAACUUCCAGGAAACCCCAGUGCUGUUUGGACUGUGAAGAGAAGAGCUGAUGAGGAAUUUGAUGCUUACAUUAUUGUAUCUUUCGUCAAUGCUACAUUGGUUCUAUCUAUUGGUGAAACUGUGGAGGAAGUGACUGAAUCUGGUUUCCUUGGUAUCACUCCUACUCUCUCAUGUUCUGCCCUUGGAGAUGAUGCCCUAGUUCAGGUAUACCCUGAUGGUAUUCGACAUAUACGAGCAGACAAAAGAGUGAAUGAGUGGAAAGCCCCAGGAAAGAAAACUAUUGUGAAAUGCGCUGUUAACCAAAGACAAGUUGUGAUUGCUUUGACCGGUGGAGAACUUGUUUACUUUGAGAUGGAUCCUACCGGUCAACUCAAUGAAUAUACUGAACGUAAGGAAAUGCCCAGUGAUGUCAUCUGUAUGGCACUAGCUAAUGUUCCUGUUGGAGAGCAGCGUUCUCGUUUUCUGGCAGUUGGUCUCUCUGACAACACUGUUCGCAUAAUUUCAUUGGACCCAUCUGACUGUCUGUCUCCUCUCAGUAUGCAAGCCUUGCCUGCAGCCGCUGAGUCACUUUGUAUUGUGGAAAUGGGUGGUGGUGACAGAGAAACAAGAGAUCGUGAGGAAGCAGACACGGGUGGUGUGCAAGGCACCUUGUACCUAAACAUUGGUCUCCAAAAUGGUGUCUUGCUUCGGACAGUACUAGAUCCAGUUACUGGUGAUCUUGCUGAUACCAGAACCCGUUAUCUUGGUUCUAGACCAGUGAAACUGUUCCGCAUUCGGAUGCAAGGAAGUGAAGCGGUUCUUGCCAUGUCCAGUCGCUCAUGGCUGAGCUAUUACUAUCAAAACCGUUUCCACUUGACUCCCCUCUCAUAUGAGUCACUAGAAUAUGCUGCUGGUUUCUCAUCAGAGCAGUGCCCUGAGGGCAUUGUUGCUAUAUCAACAAACACAUUACGAAUUUUAGCCCUAGAAAAGUUGGGUGCUGUUUUCAACCAGGUUUCAUUUCCUGUGGAGUACACACCAAGAAAGUUCAUCAUUCAUCCUGAAUCGUCUCACCUUGUCAUGGUUGAGACUGAACACAAUGCAUACACUGAAGAAACCAAAAAGCAACGCAGAAUUCAAAUGGCAGAGGAAAUGCAAGAAGCGGCUGGUGAGGAGGAACAAGACCUGGCUAGAGAAAUGGCAGAGGCAUUUUUAAACGAAGAUCUUCCUGAAAGUCUGUUUGGUGCUCCAAAAGCUGGGCCAGGCAUGUGGGCUUCUCUCAUAAGAAUACUGAACCCCGUUGAGGGAAGAACAAUCUGUAGAGUGCCAUUUGAACAAAAUGAAGCCGCACACAGCAUUGCGCUGGUGAGAUUUUCUAACCACCCUGAUCAGCAAUUUAUUGUUGUGGGAGUUUCCAGAGAUCUGCAGCUAAAUCCCAGGCAAUAUUCUGCUGGCUAUCUCCUUACAUACAGUGUUGAUGUUGACUGCACAAGUAUGGAAUUAGUCCAUAAAACUGUUCUUGACGAAGUUCCACAAGCACUUUGUCCAUUCCAAGGAAAACUACUCGUUGGAGUUGGUAAAAUGCUCCGGUUGUAUGACAUGGGAAAAAAGAAAUUACUCCGAAAGUGUGAAAACAAGCACAUUCCUAAUUUAAUUGUGAAUAUUCAAGCUAUGGGCAACAGAAUAUUUGCAUCAGAUGUUCAGGAGAGUGUGUACUUAGUGCGCUACAAAAGACAAGAAAAUCAACUUAUAAUUUUUGCUGAUGACACUCAUCCUCGCUGGGUCACAACCAGCACUGUUUUGGAUUAUGAUACUGUUGCCUUGGCUGACAAGUUCGGCAACAUAUCUGUGGUUCGACUAACGAGUAGUAUUAGUGAUGAUGUGGAUGAAGAUCCCACAGGUAACAAGGCUUUGUGGGACAGAGGACUGCUAAAUGGUGCUUCACAAAAAGCAGACUUUGUUGUUAACUACCACGUUGGAGAAGUAUGCAUGUCGUUACAGAAAGCUACAUUAAUUCCUGGUGGCAGUGAGUCUCUGGUUUACACCACUGUAUCUGGAACUGUUGGUGUCCUCGUUCCUUUCACUUCACAUGAAGAUCAGGACUUCUUCCAGCACCUUGAAAUGCACAUGCGUUCUGAAAACUCACCUCUCUGUGGGCGAGACCACCUUUCCUUCCGAUCGUAUUACUUCCCAGUUAAGAAUGUCAUUGAUGGAGAUCUCUGUGAACAAUUUAAUUCUAUUGACCCCACCAAACAGAAGAGCAUAGCAGAAGAUUUAGACAGAACAGCUAAUGAAGUUUCCAAAAAACUGGAAGACAUAAGGACAAGAUAUGCUUUCUGAUUUCUCAUUAUUUCUCAUUCCUUUUCAAUUGUACAGUAGCACCUGCAGACAAAACAUUGUUUGUGGCUCAUGUGUUUUUUCAAACAAAAGUUAUAUGUAAUUUAUCAUUCUUGUACAUAGGUUCAUUCAUCAAAAUAAUUUUGCUCCUGGCAGUCAUACAUCCACUCCCCCUUCUCUUGUGUGAUAAUUGUAUGUUUAGUUUUAAUUACAGCUUUGUAUAUAUUUACGAUCAUAUUGUUUUUAGUUUCCCUUCCUGUGUUUUGAGUCAGGCAAAUGUUACCUAAUGUUAUUCAUUCAAUCAGGCUUUUUGUACAAAUUUUGUAUUAUGAGCUUCCCUACUGGUAUGAAGAGCUAAUGAUAUGGUUUAGUAGAAUCAAAUUUUAAGCAGUAAGGUUGCCAACCAAAUUUUAGACUUUCAGGAGACUCAGGCCUUGGUAUGAAAUAUUUUCCAUUUGGACACCUUCCAGAGGUAUCUGAAGUAAUAAUUUUAACACAAGUAACAUGAAUUAUUUUUAUUUUAAUCAUGUGAAAGUUGUAAUUUGUUCAUAAACUCAAUUAUAACAUAAUAAAACAUUAGGAGCUACCAUAA